AUGGAAUUCAUAGCUCCAAGAGGCUACCAGUCUAUCUAUAAUCCUAGCAUCCCAUAUGUUGGCCCUAUCAAUGGAGGUCUUAGAGCAGGAAUGUCAAUUUACAUUCAAGGAAUGAUGCACCAUCACAUUAGCAGGUUUCAUGUGAAUCUGCAGUGUGGUGAAUUUGAUGGAUGCGAUAUCGCUUUCCACUUCAACCCACGUAUUCAGUUCUGGGACAAAGUGAUCUUCAAUACGUUCCAAAAUGGCACAUGGGAAGGGGAGGAGAAAGUCCAUGAAAUGCCCUUCCACAAGGGAAGGCAUUUUGAAAUGGUCGUCGUUGUGAACUCGGAGGGCUAUCAGGUAAAUGUGAAUGGGCGAGACUUCUACCUUUUCCAACACAGAAUGCCUGUGGAAAGGGUGUGUGCCCUGGAGAUUGGGGGAGAUGUCGUCAUUGAUACCAUCAAUAUAAUUGGGGGUAUGCAAGGAGGAAUGGGAGGCAUGGGAGGAAGCAUGGCCUAUCCAGGAGGAAAUCUGCCAAUAAUGGGAUUACAGCCCAUCUUCAACCCUGACAUCCCCUAUUCAGAUAUGAUCCCUGGUGGAAUGACAUUCAAGAGGACCAUAAUUAUUAGAGGCAUGGUCCCAUAUGGAGCUGACAGGUUUGGCAUUAACUUUAUGGUUGGUGCCUCACAAGAUAUUGCAUUCCACAUUAACCCCCGAAUACAAGAGGGCUUGGUAAUCAGAAACAGCCUAAUCAAUGGUAUCUGGGGUGAAGAAGAGAGCGGCAUCAGCUUCAACCCCUUCCUGGAGGGACAGUUCUUUGAAAUCUCCAUUCGCUGUGGUGAAGAGAAAUUCAAGGUAUUUGUCAAUGGGCAGCACCUGUGUCAUUUCUUCCAUCGCUUUCAACCCUACAAUCAAAUUGACAUGCUGGAGGUGAAAGGAGAUGUCCAGCUCUCAUAUAUUCAUUAUUGA